AUGGAGGUGAAAAUUUUUGCCAGAAAUUCUAAUACAUGGAAAUCAUUCAUUAUAGCUGCUCUAAGUCAAAGGCAUUGCUCCCUGCCUCCGGAAACUGGUCCGUGUAAAUUAUAUUUACCACGAUACUACUAUGACCCAACAACUAAUGAUUGCAAGAAGUUUAUUUAUGGAGGAUGCGGUGGUAACAAGAACAACUUCGAGACUGAAGAAGAAUGUUACGAGAAAUGUAGAGAGACUCAUAUAAAGUGCCCUCCGAACAAGGAAAUCGGCGAAUUCGGCGACUGUCCAGACUCAUGCUACUCUCUUGAUGAUCCAGUGAGACCGUGCACACUGAAGCUGAAUUUUGGCUGCAAGUGCAAACCCGGUUACGUUCUGAAGGAGGACAAAGUCUUCGAUUCUGACUGCAUCAAACCCGAAGAAUGCCCAUUGGAUGAGUGAACGUGAAAUUGUUUCUCUUUGAUGAAAUGGAAGAAAAUCAUUUCCCUCUUAAUUACUGGAAAGCGAAGUCGUCCUGCAAUGUAACCAAUAUUGUGAUUUAAAUUCAGUUGAUUAAACGCAUAAGAAAGUGUCAA